AGGCCAAACAAGUGGCUGUGCCACUCCUCUGCCCCUAGACUGUUGGCCCGGCCGGAGCUCCGGCAAAAGGAAUGGCCCUGCUGCACCCCGCCCCGGCUACUUCCCUCCCCACCUGCCAUCACCGCCAGAACGCCGGCGUGCUCAUCCAGCAGCCAUCCCGCCGCCGUUUCCGGCUGAACGCGCAGAGAAAGCCCGGGUCCACGUCCACGAGCCCGCGCACCGGCACGCCCUCCGGCUCGGAGUCGGACAACGUGGUCCUGAAGGCCGCCUGGUACGGCUCCGAGGCCCUCGGCAUCGCCGCGUCUUUCUUCCGGCCGCCGUCUCCGGAGGCGGACGCCGGUGCUGCAGACGACGGCACGUCGGAGUCCCAGCCCGUUGGCCGCGCGCAGGUCGCCGAGGCCAUCAAGGAUGACUUCGCGCGGUCAUACUUCGUCACAGGGAACCUCACGCUCGGGGCGUACGAAGACGACUGCGAGUUCGCCGACCCGGCGGGUUCAUUCAGAGGCCUGCAACGCUUCAAGAGGAACUGCACCAACUUCGGGUCCCUGCUGGAGAAGUCCAACAUGAAGCUGACCAAAUGGGAGGAUGUCGAGGACAAAUCGAUCGGGCACUGGCGUUUCAGCUGCGUCAUGUCGUUCCCGUGGAGGCCCAUUCUCUCCGCAACCGGGUACACGGAGUACUACUUCGAUGCCGAGUCGGGGAAGGUGUGCAGGCAUGUCGAAAACUGGAACGUCCCCAAGAUGGCGCUCCUGCGGCAGAUAUUCAGGCCGAGCAGAUGGGUAUGGGAGAAAGAGAAACGCUAGAACGUGAGCGAAGAUCCGUCCGCCUAUGCUCAGGUCACGUCAGGAGGGCAAAGGGGCGUGGCGAGUUUGUUGCCUCCUUUGUUGUUCGUUUGGUACUCACAGAGUGUAAUCUAUUCGAGUUCCAUAUGAUCAAAUCUCAAAAGAGCCCCAUCAGCAAAUCGCUUAGACUCUAUAAUAGUGGAGUACACCACAUCGUACUAGGCCAGGAUUUUAUUUUUUUUAUAAAAUUUCAGACUCUUUCAUCA